AUGUCGAGUUUAGACGUAAUCUGUGAGAAGAUUCAUCAGUCUCACGGCCCGCGCUGGGAACUGGCCGGUAUUUGCGUCGCGUGUGUGGUGGAGAUGAUGGACAGGGCAGAUGUGUCGGCGGUGCGGAAGCGCGCGGCGCUCGUGUCCGCAAUGCGCGUGGACGCGGUUCGGGAGCUGCUUUAUGGCGAGGAGGACCGGAGAAUACGCUUCAUCUCAUCAUUACUGAGAUUGUUGUUCAGUGCUGUGGAUUCGUCUCUGCUGGACCAGACUGUUCAAGUUCUGCUGCAGAUAACGCUGGAUGUGCCGAAUCAACAGUUCCUGCUGUUCAUCCUGGACCAGAUUCACUCACAGUGGACUGAGGGUCUGAAAGUGUCUCUGUCCUCUCUGAUGUUUCUGGGUAAACUGCUGGACGUUCAUCCUGCCCUGAGCCAAACACUGACCUCCAGCCACUUGUGCAUGUUGGAGUGUGUGUGCUCAGGUCUGCUGGUGUGGGAUGAGGAUGUGAAGGCCGCUGUGUGUUACGUGUUGUUCAGAAUCUGGAGCUCCAGCGAUGCGGUUCAGACUGUUCCACACACACUCCGACAGCGCAUGUGUGUGUUACUGCUGCACACACUCUCACACACACAAACCUCAGCGCUGACUGUCAACUGCUUGGGUGUGUGUGUGUGUGUGUGUGUGUUUUUAGGUGUUGUGAAGCAGAUGUGUCAGUUCUCAGAAGUCGUGAGUGUGUUGAUGAAUCUGCAGGACGGAGGUGAAGAGCCACUGGUGUAUCAGCCACUGCCACUCAUCCUGAAGAAGCUGCUGCUGAGCGCUCAGGACUCUCUUCAGGUGGUGUCUGUGCGGUGUGUGUGUGCUGUUCUCAUUCAUUCACCGCUGCUCUUCUCCUCAACCUUCAUUCAGGCGGAUUUACCUGAGUUCCUGCUGGAGGUGUUGAACAGCAGCUGCAGUGAUGUGUUGCUCUGGUCAGUGUUCAGUUGUCUUCUUCUGCUCUCUGAAGAUCCGCUCUUCUUUUCUCAGUGUCACGCAGUCUACGCAAUGGAGCCGCUAGUUCGCUGUCUGAAAGAGACUCUGGGUAAAGCAAACACUGAGGUGCAAAAACAAGGCCUGAAGCUGCUGACAGCCAUACUGGACAGGCAGCCUGUAUCUGUGCGUCUCUUCCCGACGGGCUCAGAGUUCUCCUCAGUGUGUGAUGUCAUCGCGGGGGGCAUGGCCUCUUCCUGUCUGCGGGUGUCCAUGUGUGCGGUACGAGCAGCAGCAGUGCUGUUCAGGCCUAAUCAUCAGUCCAGUCCUGUUCAGCUCUCAGACAUCAGGAGGAUCGUGGAGAUCAUGAUGUCAAAAUGUGCUGAACACAGAGAGAGCCGCUCUGCUUCAGAUUUAGUGACAGCAGGGGUUUUACUGCAGACUCUCAUCUGCUUUGAUGCUGCCUGCAGGUUGGUGGAGGUGUGUGUGUGUGACUCCGGUCUGAUGGACGGUGUGUGUUCAGCACAGGAGACGCUGCAGUCUGUGUGUGUGUUUCUGCUGCACUGCUGCGACACAACCUGCAUCCCUGCAGCCACUGGUGUGUGUGAGCAUGUGUCGUCUCCUCAGGUACUCCAGCUCUUCUACUCUGUUCUGUCGCGCCAGUUUUCUCUGUGUCCCGAUCACAUGACCUCCUUCUCAAGAAAGCUUGCUGCAUCUGGAUUCAUCAGACUGACUCUGGAGAGGAAAGCUCAGCUGUGCUCAGGGAACAGGAAUGUGUCUGUGAAUCAGGUCUGCUGUGAUUUUCUUUUAAAGCUCUGCAUGUGUCUGAUCGCACACGAACACACACUGAGCCAUGAGCUGACAGAUGUGCAGUGUGUCCUGCAGGAGUCUCUGCCGUCUCUGUGCUGCAGUGUGUCUGAUUGGCCGGCCGUCCUCUCUGAUAUCCCACAAUCCCUCAGAAACAGUCAGUACUGCCUCAUCUACCUGAUGCACCUGUCCCUGCUGCACGGAGACCGGUUUCUCAGUGACUCUGCAGUGUUCACCUGUGUGCUGCGCUUCAUCGUAUGUGUUCAGGAGACUCUUCCUCCGUCUGUGUUGAGUUCAGCUCUGUGUCUGCUGUCGGCCACUCAACACAGCAGCCCACGCCUCGACACGGUCAGCUAUGUGCUGACUGUGCUGCUGGAGCUGCUGUGUAUGAUGCAGAGCGGACACACUGACUACACACUGCUGUACCACAUCAGUAAUCUGGUAGCAAAACUGAAUUCCACCAACCCUGAGCUGCUUCUGUCUGUCUUCAACUUCCUGUACUGCUUCCUGUGUGUGUGUCCAUCACACGCCACAGACCGAGCGGUGUGUCUGCUGCUGGGUAAUGUCAGACUGAUGGAGCUGCUGGAAGAGCUGUUAUCUUCAUCAUCAUCAUCAUCACUGAGCUGCUCCUCACUGCUCCUGCUCUCUUCCCUCAUGCUGCUGCAGCACACACACUCCGCUCAGGUGCAGAGGAGCGUCAGGGUAGAUCUUCAUCAGAUUCUGAGACGACUGACCUUCAGUAAGAAGCAGACGGACACAUUGAUGCUCAUGUGCAGCGUGCGCUUCGUGCAGGUGUGUUUGGAUGUGGACGAGUCUGCGCUGGUGUGUGUGUGUGACGCAGUGCUGCAGAGACCCCUGCCAGCAGCUGAUGGCGCUCUGCACCCGCUCGGACACAGCGGCGCUAACAGCCUCAUCACGGCUCUCAGCACGCUUAUGCUAACGAAGCAGGAUCUGAUGGUCAGCGCUGCUGUGAACUGUCUGAAGUCUCUGAUGGACUUCCUGCGCAGGAGGAACCCUGACUACGUUGAGCAGAUGGUGUGUCGUCAGCCGUGGACUCGGUUCCUGCUCUUCUCUUUGCUGUCCAGUGAUGAAAGACUGAGACCUGCUGUACUGCAGCUGCUCACACUGCUGGUGUGUUUCAGCCGUGGCGUCUCACAGUGGUGGACUGAGGUUGAGAGUGUGUGUGAAGAGGUGGAGAAACGAGGAGUGACAAACCUGACUGAUGACAGAAAACACACACUGAGACUGAUGCUCACACAGUGUUGUGCUCGUUCUCCUCCUGAUGAUCUGAGGAUAAAGAUGGAGGCUUUAGUGGAGUCACUCACACAACUUCCUCCCAGCGAGACCUCCAGCAGACGCUUGCUAUCUGCAGUGAAACGUUGA